AUGUUGGCGACAUCCAUUCUCCUUGUAGCGCUUGCCGCUGUUGGUCUUGCGGAGCCGCCGGCGGGGUAUAGAACUGUGUAUAUCACGUCGUUGCAAGAUGCGAAAUUCGUCAUUACGCCGAAGGCUGCGAAGAAUGGGAGUACGACUGUCGUGCAAACCCUGACCAAGAAGCCGGAACAGCAGUGGUAUAUCAAAGCUGGAAACACGACGAUUCAAUUGGCGAAUACGACUUUGUGCUUAGACGGCGGACCAAAAAGCAACUGGAAAGACAUGGGAAACAUCUACUUAAUAGACUGCGCACCUGGUAAAGUCUCACAGCAAUGGGACGCCAUGGCCGAUGGACGUAUCGCGCUUAAGCCAUCUAGUCCUGCCGAAUGCAUCGACUUGCAGUAUUUGAGGGCGACGCAGAAUAAUCCUGUUGGUCUGUAUGCUUGCGCUGGGUUGGCGAACUCGGGUGCGGCGGAUAAGGGGAUCAAUUGGCCGUUGGUUAAUGUGACGACGACCUGA